AUGAAGUGUUCACAUAUCGUCAGCGCGCCCAUUUUCUUAUCAGUAGCUGCGGCUGUGUUGCAACCUGUUGCAUGGAAAUCAGAUGAAUUGAUAAAUGACUCGAUCGAUGGCUCAUCACCUUCUUUGAAAGAAAUGUGGGAUGAUUUGUGGCCUUUCCAAGGUAUCAACACAUUUGCCCAUCUUGAUCACCAUAAAUGUUUGCUUGAACCAGGAAAUACCUACGACGUGGCUCUUAUCGGAGUACCUUUUGACACUGCAGUCUCCUAUAGACCAGGGGCUAGGUUUGGUCCCAGAGCUAUCAGAGCAGCCUCUCAGAGACAGACAUCGUUGAGAGGCUACAACCAGAGAGCCAAUUUCAACCCCUAUGCUUCUUGGGCUAAAAUUGUAGACUGUGGAGAUCUUCCAAUAACCCCUAUGGAUAACUCUAUUGCUUUUACCCAGAUGACAAAAGGAUUUGAAGAGUUACUAUUGAGAAGAUCAAGUAACUCAUCGAGUGAGCUACCCCCAAGAUACGUUGCGUUGGGGGGAGAUCAUUCAGUUUUGCUUCCGCAUUUGAGGGCUUUGCAUGAAGUUUAUGGACGUAUCAAUGUCAUUCAUUUCGACGCCCAUUUGGAUACUUGGGCUCCAGACAAGUACCCUUCUUUCUGGCACUCAGACCAAUCUGAAAUAAAUCACGGUUCUAUGCUUUGGAAAGCUCACCACGAAGGGUUGACGUCUCAUCACAAUGUGCAUGCUGGCUUGAGAACAAAGUUGUCUGGCUUGGAAGAUUACGAAGACGAUGAUUCUCAACAUUUUAUCAGAAUAGAUGCGGACGACAUCUGGUUAAAAGGUCCACAGUGGGUGGUACAGAAAAUCUUGGACACCGUGCCUGAUGAUAGUCCUACUUACAUUUCUGUUGACGUUGAUGUUCUCGAUCCUGGUUUCACCAGUGGAACGGGAACCCAAGAACCAGGUGGAUGGUUGCCUAGAGAGCUCCUCCAUGUUCUCAGAAGCAUAGAAGGGUUGACUGUGGUCGGAGGUGAUGUUGUUGAAGUGUCUCCUGCUUUCGAUACCGCCGAAAUUACAUCUACAAAUGGUGCCCAGAUUGCCUUCGAAAUAAUCACCAGUAUGGUCAAGAAGGGUCCUAUUGACCCUGCAAUUGUUAAGAAGAACAAAAAGGAAUUGGUCAAGAUCACUCAUGUAAAUGAACUUGAACAAGAAAAGAAAGAUUUUAUUGACCUUGAAAAGGCUAAGAAAACAAUAGAACAGAAGUUAAAAGAGUUAGACGAACUAAAGUCGGAACUUUCGUCUCAGCUUCUAGAAUUGAGAGAAAUACCAUUUUAG